AUUCACUCCGCGAGACAGGAGAAAAAAAUAUCUAGCGUUCACCACCAAGCUUUAGCUAACGGUAGCUGGAUUGAAGUAAACAUGGAGCUGUCUGCAGUUGGGGAACGGGUUUUCGCUGCCGAAUCUAUCAUCAAACGGCGAAUAAGGAGAGUAUGUGAAACACAUUUUCCUAACAUGCAUAAUCUAUUUUCACGCGCCACUGCUGUUCCCUAACGAAGCGUUCUUUUUCUAUUUCUGAUGACAUGCAGGGUCGAAUGGAAUACCUUGUGAAAUGGAAGGGCUGGUCACCGAAGUAAGUUGCGUUGAAUUCAAUGCUAGCGAACCUUGCUUCUAAAUGGAUGUUGCUGGCUGCUAACUGUCGUUCGCUUGCUUGCUAGCUAGGUGGCAUCUGCUAGUGACAAAGUCAGCGCAGCACGCUGGCAGUGUUAGCAAGCUAGCUAACGAUAGCCCGUAUCUAUGCUUGCUUUACCAAUGUGGUGGAAAAUGAACCCCUGUCAAUUGUAUUUUUCUCCAUAGAUUUAGCACUUGGGAACCGGAGGAAAAUAUCUUGGACUCCCGCCUCUUCGUCGCUUUCGAAGAGAGGUAAAUUGUAUGGAUAUGGCCUGUUCAUGUUGUACAUUCAUUGCAUGCAAUGUUAGCAGCACAGCAAAAUAAAAUGCAUCCGUCAGGCAAGUCGCCUAUUGCACUUCGCUCUCUUGAUACUCAAAAUGGGUGUCUUGCUGUUUCAGGGAGCGCGAAAGGGAACUCUUUGGGCCCAAAAAGAGAGGACCGAAACCGAAGACAUUCCUGGUUAAGGUAGCUAUGUUGAUAUGCAUGCAUUGUUGAAAAUAAUCCAUCCAACACGCAAUGAUACUGUGGAAUCUACUGAAUUUUGGGCUGCAUGGUUGGACACGAUUUCUAGCAUGUGGCAUGUAAACAUACCACAGUCUCCACCCACUAUGUAUCCACAGGGUCUUCAUCUGGUUAAUAUAUAGCUGUUGUUGCACUGACACGUAAAUAUGCAAGUUUGAAGGAUCCACAUGUCAAGUUUUCCCAUGAGAAUCACCUUUUGUGUACCGGUAUUAAGGCAAAAUAAUAUUUCGUGCUGGAUGUGUAUUUGUGGAGGUGUGAAUGUGUAUUUAGGGAAAUUAGUUAGUUAGGCUAGUGCUAAUGGACCGCAAAUAGUACAAAAAAAUUAACGAAUUGAACCGAAUCAUGGUAAAUUGGUUGGAUUGGCAGGUAGCCAAAUUGAUCAAUACACAUGCCAGGUUAAUUGUUUACAAUUCGAAAUGAACUCAAUGUAGGCCUACACGUGUGACAUAAAAUGUGCUUAUAAAAGCGAGGGUUAAUCUAUUCUGGCGUGCAUCGAUCAUUCGGCAGGGUUAGAAGUUAUGACGUUUUGACGUGUAAUCAUCAGUAAAGCAAUCGUUAUAGCUAAUAUCAAAAGUUUGCAUGAGACUGGUUUUAUAAUGAAAUCUUAAAAUCUGAAGACGUCAUCAAACGAAUGCACCAGUCUUUUCAGGAGAGCUGACCAUGAAAAUUGCUUAACAUACCAGCAGCUUAUUUAGAAUGCAGGUUCUCUCCAAGGCCUGUAAAUAGCUGUUUUCAAACUGAGCUGAAAAUACAUAUAUAACAAGUAACUAUUGUGAAAAUGUAAAAAUGCUAACGAACUGGUGUAGCCUGUAAAUUCUUCAGGGGAUAUUAUGCCAAGUGAAGAUUUUGUCUACUGUCUUCCUUUAUCAUUUUGUACAUGUAUUGUUACAAUUUUACUCCUUGUUAUAACAUUGUUUUGCUAAUUGCAAGUGCAUAUUAUUGAUUAAGCCAUUAUAAAGCUGCUGGCAUACUCUUAUUAUAUAAAUGUAAUGACAAAUAAAGAGUAUCCUCAACUGACAUUUUAAAUCCGUCUUUAUAAAAGAGAACAUUAUACCCACUGAAAUUGGAGAGGUGGAAAAACAUUGCCCAUAUUGCCAUCGUCAAUAGACUACUUUCAAUGUUCCGUCUUUGUUGUUGAUAAGUUCAAAAGCGGUUCUUCUCUGGUUUCCUUCCCCGUUUAGGCUGAAGCUAAAGCUAAAUCGUACGAGUUCAGGAGCGAAGCGGUCCGCGGGAUACGCGUCACCUACCCGACACCAGAGCCUGUCAUCUCCCCCAGAGCCCGAGAGGGGCUGAGGGCCGUGGUCCCCACCAUCUUCCCACCCAGCACUGUCAACAGGGGCGAGAGUGUGCGGGUCAGGCCCUCAGAACCGGUCCGAGAGCACCGUCCACCAGUCCUCCAGAGGCCCCCAGGCCCCGAUGGCUUUGUGAUUGUCCCCAAGAAGAGAGGGCCCAAACCCAAGCUGCGAUUUAAGGACAAUCCCUUCAACGCUCCUCCCGCCGCCCCAGAGCCUCCCAAGAGGAGGGCAGAGGAGCAGGCAACAUACGGCCCACUCAAACUGGCCAAGCUGGGCCUGUCCGGUGGUGAAGAGAGGGGGUCUGAGAUGAGGGUGAUUAAACUAGCCCACAGGCACCAGGAGGAGCUGGGUGGUUAUCCCCACAAGCAGAUGAGGCCCGUACCUAGCGGGAGCACACAGCAGCACUACAGCCCAGACAGGGGCUUGUUGCACUCACACAGAAUAGGCUCUGACUCCCAGGCCUGCAGGACUAAAGAGUACCCCUCAAAUUACUUAUCCCCUACACACCUAAAGCACCUAUCCAAAAAGAACGUGCAUCAACCCAGCGAAGAGCUUCCACAGAGGGGGAAGCCUUCCCUCAUCGCCAAAAUCCCUGUGUCCCGGCUCCUGGGCCAAAUGGACGAGGUGACUUGGAAGCCUUGCUUGAACAACGUGGAGAAGGUUCUGGUGACUGAUGUGACCACAAACCUUUUGACAGUGACUAUCCGUGAGAAUAGCACAGAUCAAGGAUUCUUCAAAGAUAAAAGAUGAUUUCCUCUCAUUUCAAUUCUCUUCAGCUCUGUCUCUCUCUGUCAAUCCUGUAUCAAAUUAUUUGGAAAAGUCCAUACUUUAUAGUGUCAUUUAUCAUUCAGAGUUUUUAUGUAAUGUAUAAAAGCAAAUUACAGGAUUGUAUGUGCAGAUGUAUAUAUAAUAUAGUCGGAAGUCUAUUAAAUGUAAUGACCAAAUUAAAGGAAGUCCAUUGAAGUUAUUCACCACCCAUAGGCUAUUUGAAAGAGUUGCAUGCCUUGUGUACAGCAUUUACUUCUUUCCAAAUAGCUUUUAGUUUUCAACAAUCCGCUUUUAAACUAACAAUAUACUUUGUCAGACAGGCUAUAUUUAUGUCAAGCUAGUACCAUUUAAAUGUUAGAGGUAUAAUGUGGGCGCAUUUGUAAUUUGAUUUCACGUGUCAAUGAGAAAUCAAUAUGGAGAAAUCCUAGGCCAACUAUUUGUUCCUGGUCAUGCCAUUUCAAUUUGAGGUGUAUUCAU